AUGGCAAAUGCCAGUGAUAAAGACCUUCGAUGUCAGAUAUAUGAAAAAUUAAAAGAAAUACGUGCUGUUAUUGAAAAAGAAAGAAAGAACAUUAGUUUACUUAAACGUCAUGCUGCAACUCAAGAAAAGUAUCAAGAAAAAAAACAAAGGCAACUUGAAGAAGAGGAUCAAGCUGUUAUAUAUAGUCUUGAUUUUUCUAUUGAAUUUGUUGAAAACAUAUUACCCACCUGUUCAUCACAGCCAUAUUUCUCUACAAAUGAAGUUGCUUUAUCAUUAGAUUGUAUUAAUACACAGCAAAUUCAACUAAGUAAUACAGCUUUUGUAGAGGACUUUUCUAAUCUACCCUCUACUAAUUCACUCUAUCUAUCAGAAGUUUAUAAUUCACGAGAUACACUUUCUGAUACUGAAUAA